ACACACACACACACACACACACACACAAUGCCGUAUCCACGAGUUACCAUCACCUUCUGCACCAAGUGCAAGUGGAACCUCCGAGCAGCGUGGUACCUACAGGAGCUGCUACAGACGUUUGGCUCGCAGCUGGGCGAGGUUGCCCUGAUCCCAGGCCCCAGCGGGUGCUUCGAGAUCAGCACCGUCGCACACGAGAAUGCUGAGCCCGUGUUGAUCUGGGAAAGAGUGAGAGAUGGUGGGUUCCCCGACUCCAAAGUCCUCAAGCAGAGGGUACGCGAUGUCCUCUUCCCAGACGAGAAGCUGGGCCAUGUUGACGGCACUGGUGGCGCACUACUACAGCAAAGUAAGCCAGUCGAGUCGUCGGAAUGUGUCGAAUGCAACAAUCCAUAGUUCUAUCUCCUCAAUUGAACGCUGGUGGACACAC